CAUCAGCGCGACAUGUUCAGCGGCGACCUGGGCAUACCGGAGAUCAACACACACGUGGGCAGUGUUGUGCACACCUUCGAAACGCUGGCAUUGCAGCGCCGCCUGGCUGAGGCCGAACAGGAUCGGGAUCGGGAGCAGAGUAAGUAUGAGCUGCGCACGUGUAACAACAACAGCAUCAGCAACAGCCAAAGCCAAAGCAAAUACAACCAGGUGAAGCGGAAGUCGCAGGAUCUGCGUCAGCGUCUGCAACAAAUGCACCGUCAGAAGCAAAAGCUGCAGGCACAGACACAGGCAUUGGUACUGGCACAGGCACAAACACAGUCACAACAUCAUCAUGGCCACUGCAUACUAAGCGCACCCGCACCUGGCAAGCUCAUCAACAGCUGCAGCACCCAAAGCCUGGCCAAUCAAUUGGCCAUGCUGCCGCGGCCAGCACCCACAGGGGCACACUCCACGGAGCAGCUGCGGCAGCCUUACGGCGGCAUUGCUGACGACUAUCGCAAGAAUCUUUUUGGCACCUUGGUGCCUCAGCGACGGGCACGCAGCAGCCUACAACAGUCCAGCGAGGAGGAGCUGCAAGACGAGACGUACAUUGUAAAUGCGGCCUUUGAUGAAAUAUUUGCGCAUUACGAUGACGACGGCGAGGAGCUGGAGGAGGAGUGCAACACGCAGCAGGAGACAAGUCGCACCUACACCAACGACAACACCAACACAGAUGACCUAUUUGACGAUGAGCACAUGCUGGUCAGCCUGAGCGAGCUGGACGACGAUGUGUUUGCCAGCCGAGCGCAAACGGCCUCCACCACACCCACGACAGCCGGCGCUGGCCGUACACCCAAGCAUAGUCAUCCUUUACAGAAAUACCCGGCGCCGGCACCGCCGCUUCAACAGCGCUCUAGGACGUUCAACAAUAUCUUUGACCGCUUUAAAGGCAACUCGUCAACGGCGGCGGCAGCAAUUUCCAAGCAUCCGCUUAAAAAAACGCACUCGGAGCAGCAGCUGCAGCCUUCGCCGCCGGCUUCGACUCCAACGAAGCUGCACAAGUACGCCGCACAGCCGCAGCUUAAUACGGAGCCGGAUUUCAAUCGGGGCUCCACGCUCAGCCAGUCGUUUGUGCGGCAGCUAAAGCGCGUCUCCUACAAGCAAAAGCGCGCACCACCCGCACCGCCGCCCAAGCCGCGUUCCAAUGUUGCGCAUGUUACACCGCUGCGUAAUGCUCUAAUCUUUCCUAAGCGCUCCAAGUCAUCCAACGAGCUGUUGCUCGACGAUCUGAAUGUGCAGGCACGUAAGUAUUUUCGCCGCUCGGAGCACAGUGCAGCGGUGUAAUGGAAUACCGGACUGGAGCCAGCGCACUGUUUCUUACCUCUCUUUUGCUCACCCCUUUUAUCCACACUAGCUAUUAAUCUUUGUGACUGAAUCCCCUCCCAUAAGCAGAUCGAAUGAUAAUCACUUUUCUAUUGAUUCAAUUUUUGGCAGAGGCGACGCUCUUGUAGACUAAGUGUCCCGAUAACCCGCUAUAAUGAAAAACGCCAAUGACCCCCGAUUCCGAUACCAAUUACGACCCCGAUACCAUUACAAUCUAGCAAUACCUAACCAGAAACAGCAGAGGAUGAUUGAGCGUAGUGAACCCGCCGCCGCUAAAACAAAAUAAAAGGAAGCAAAAGUUUCUCUAAAUGGAAAAGCUAAAACGAACCCAAAGAGAUUCGCGCCAUAAUUGGAUUGAAAUUUGCUAGCACUCGUAAAGCCAGCUAAUUGAGUAAAUUACCAUAAUAAUAAGUACUCAUUAUUACAUUUAUGCAAAGCUCGUUUAUAGAGAAAUAAAAUAAAAUAUGUAC